GGGCCGGGGGCUCACAAGGAGCCGGGGCUGGCGCCGGGGCGGGGGGGUCCUGUCUUUGCUCGCCAUGGCUUGUCUCAGCAGGCGGUGUCUGCAGCGGCAGAAGGGCUUUAUCCUGGACGGGGUGGCCGUGGACACGCUGGCCGGCAGCGCCGCGCACAUCCCGCCCAAGCUGUGGUCCGCCUUGCCCCCGUACAACGCCCAGCUGGACGGCCACGCCGCCAGCUACUUCGCGGCCCCCGCGGUCAAGUCCCUGCUGAAGAACACAGAGCAGCACCGAGGUGGUACAUCCAGGGAUGGUUGGAUAGUGGAUUAUUUCCACAUCUAUGGGCCAGAGCAGAGGUACCUGAACAGGAGGAACUGGGCAGGUGCAGGCCACUCUUCUGAGCAGGUGGGCGGCCACUACAGCUUCCUGGCAGACGUGAAACCCAUGAAGGGUUACAACGGGCGCUUCGGCUAUCGUCGCAACACCCCGGACCUGCGUGUGAAUUCGUCCUGCUUCGGCGAAGUCAGUGUGUUCCCGCUCCACUGAUGCCGAACGAGCGGCUUCUCGUAUACCCCCGAUGCCAGCCCCUCCGGGUGCCAUGGAGACCUGGAGACCCUGAUUAGGAGUAAGAAACGGGAGCUACAAUAAAAUAUUUGUU